AUCUGGCUCGACUGCGAUCCGGGGCACGACGACGCGAUGGCCAUCAUUUUGGCGACGCACUAUCCCGACGACGUGAGACACCAGGAGUACGUACCCCAUCUCGUGGGCGUGAGCACCGUGUGCGGGAACGCGCCGCUCGAAGCGGCGACGGAGAACGCGCUCAGGGUGCUUCACCUCGUCGGGAAGGACGACGUGCCGGUGUUCAAGGGCGCGGACAAGCCUCUGGUGCGGCCGCGGCGAAACUGCCCUGAGAUCCACGGAGCCGGCGGGCUCGACGGAGUCGUGAUACCGCCGGCGGACCGGGAGGCGAACCCGGGGAAGGCCGUGCACGCCAUCGCGGAGGCCGUGACGCGGUGCAAGCGCGAGCACGACGCGAGGGGGCGGCCGAAAGAUGCGUUCAAGUUCAAGCUCGUCGCCACCGGCGCGCUCACGAACGUCGCGUUGUUUCUCUCGGUGUAUCCAGAGUUGAUACCCGCGUUGAGCGUCGUCUUCAUGGGCGGCUCCAUGGGGCGAGGGAACACCGGUCCGGUCGCGGAGUUUAACAUGCAGUGCGAUCCGGAAGCGGCGAAGUGCGUGUUCGAGUCCGGAGUGGACUUGACGAUGGUGCCGCUCGAGCUGACGCACACCGCUAUCUAUACCGAGCGAGUGCGAGACGUCUGGAAAAAGAUUAUUGUUCAUCCCAGUGCAGAUGGACCGUGGACGCCGAUCGUCGAUGCGUGGAUGCAGUUCUUCGCGAAGACGUACGAGGACGUGUUCGGGUUCGAAGACGGACCACCGCUGCACGACCCGUGCGCGGUGCUUUACGCCAUCGACCCGGAAUUGUUCGAGGUGGAAAAAAUGCGCGUCGACGUCGAGUGCGCCAGCGAUUUAUCCGCGGGCCAAACAGUGUGCGACUUCUGGAAACAGAGCGGGAAGCCCGCGAACUGCGCCGUC